AUGGCCUCUCCCCGUCCCGCCUCCCCUUUGACGUCCGGCGCCGAGUCCGGCGCUGACUCGAAGUCCGCCGGUGCUGCUGCCACUGGCUCCUCCGUCAGCCGUCCCUCCUCUCCCUCUACCCCCGGUGGACCUCGCGCUGCCAUGCGCCGCCGUGCUGCUGCCGACCACAAGGAGACUCUGCGCAAUGCCCGCCCUAGCUCUACCCGCUCUGCUGGCGCCGGUGGUUCCUCCGGUACCAUGCUGAAGCUCUACACUGACGAGAGCCCCGGUCUCCGCGUUGACCCGGUUGUUGUUCUGGUUCUGAGCUUGGGUUUCAUUUUCUCGGUUGUUGGUCUUCACGUCAUCGCCAAGGUCACCCGCAAGUUCUCUGCAUAA